AGCGGUGACCACGUGGCCUGCAAAGGGAGCAGCAGACGGCAGGGCAACGUCGCCACGCUCUGGCGAUCGGCGGUAGUACACAGGGGGGGACGCCACCCGAGGUGGUUGGCAACAGACAUACCCGCGAUCGAGCGCCGGGCGGUUUGGACUGGACUGGAAGGAGGGAGAGACAUAGAGUACAACGUACAACAAAUAAAAAAAGUGCAAACACAUGACUGGCUUUGAAUCGCCGCGCGGGACCGGAUGAACUAUUAAAUCGUCGCCGCUGAGGUGCAGCAGGCAGAUGAGACAUGGAUGUGGUGGUGGGACACAGACUGCUGGUCUUUGGAUUAUUUUCUUCGUUUUUCAUUUCGCUGACAUCGGCCACAGGGGUUGCCACGGAGUCCCCAGGCUCCUGGAGCAACUGGAUCAACGCAGGCAGCCCCGCGGGUACUGGUGUGGACGACGAGUCGCUGGACAGGCUGGUUCGGAUGUCGCAGCUGCCCUGCGACCCCUCAGCCGUGAUGCAAGUGGAGUGCCGCAAGGUGGGGUCAGGGGUCACGUUCAGCGAUCAGCGCAUCUUCGUGACCAACGUGCUGCAGGUGCCGUGCAACACCUCGGGGCUCGUCUGUCGUGACGCUGACCAGCCGCAAGGUGUGCGCUGCAGCGACUACGAGAUACGGGUCCUGUGCUCAGGUGUCACAGGCAAAACAAGCGGCGACUCCUCUGGGUCUUCCGGUGGUGGCAUCGGAAGCAAUGGAGGGUUCAUCGCCAUGGCGGCCGGGGGGUCGGUGGUCAUUCCGCUGGUGUGCGUGCUGGUGGUGCAGCUGCGCAAGUCCAAGCGCGACGAGCGACGACGUGCACUGCAGGCCGCACGUGCAGCAUCACAGUCGGCGCAGGCGGAGCAGGCAGCGCGAGGGCAAGACGCCCCGCCCACGUACGACGAGCUGUUCGGCAGCUCCGAGACCCGCCUCUCCACCACCAGCACCAGCUCCGCCGACAGCGGCAUCGACGUAGGCAGCGUGGACAUGAUGAUCGUCAACGAACUCAGAACACCCUCGCGACCUAGCGUCACCUCCGGCUACUCCAUCACGUCGACCGAGUCACUGUUGUCGUCGUCGUUGCCGCCAGUCACUGCCGUGAUGUCGUCUGCCUCGAGUACGAUGGUUACUACACCGUCGGUAGACGUUGUGGACGAGCCGGUGGCGGUGACGGACAUGUCGGUGCAGGUGUCUGAAGCCUCGCCUACGGUCACCGUUGACACCGCCACCAACGUCAGCGCCCGCCGAGAGUCCUUCGCCUCGGACUUGUCGGAAACAGCUUCGCAUUCGUCAGCAGACGUCUUGUUGACAUCCUCAUCAGCAUCAACGACCCUCGUGCACAGUGACCACUUAUCUGACACGGCCUCUCACUCGUCGGCGGACGGACUGCUCGCCUCGUCGUCCAACCUCGUCCACAACGAUCCCCCACCCCCUUACGACUUUCACAACCCCUCGCGAGAAGAAAGGACAAUGGGAGAGCGCUGCAGGAGUUGCGGCAGAAGCAGCAGCAGUAGUAGCAGCGAUGACGACAGCAGUAACAGCUGCAACGUGUCGGUGUCGUCCUUGCAACCCCAGCGACGGUUCCUGGGUAUGCAUCUAUCCAUCCAUGACCUGCUGGCUGUGAUAUACCAGGAGGGGGAGCGAGCCAGCACCCCGCCUCCAACCUACGACGACGCCCUGAAGAUCAUCGGUGUGCAAGGACAACCUAAAGUGUCGACCACGCAAUGACCUCAUCCACCCUCGCCGAGUCCAUCGGCCUCACGACCUCCUCCAGUACAUUUGGUAGAAUACUCACCCCAUCCUCUCACAGGCAAAGCACUGGACACUCCGCUGAGCCACCGUCAUCUCCUCCAUGGCACGAGACCUUUAUUUAUUUUGAAAGGUCGUUGUGCUGAUGUUAUGCAAUCCGUUACGAGAAAUCGUAUCGUUAUAUCGGGUCAAAGGCCGCAUUCACCUGACUCUUUGAGAUUGCCAUGGUCCCACGUGACACGUCCACGACCCGAUGACGUGUAGGAACGUUUGUCGCCAGUCAUCGCUGACGAGAAGUCCUCAUCGCCGACGACUGCAGCCCGCAUGUAUACCUGGAGACCUUUGACCGCACGUGUUAAUCUUCACAGCCUUUCGUCUCUCACCACUGAAUGUUUCUUCGUGGAGAUGGCUUUCGCUUCCAGCUUCCUAGAGGAAUGGUUUCCAAUCGCCCAAACUUGAUGAACAUCAGGAUCUUACACUUGUCACUGUCUAAAAGUUGAGAAGAUCUGAAC